GCCCGGGGGCCCAGGGGCAGUAGAGGUGGGGUCAGCCCGAGGAAAACGUGUGGGAGACAGGCGCCUGCGGCCAGCAGCGGAAGGAAGGCUUUAUGGACGCUUCCAAGAGAACCAUGCUGUGGGAUGGUCGGAGAGCAAAUCUGAGGGGCGAGGAGGGCCUGAUGGAGGAGUAAAGGACUUGUCAGGGGAAGCCGCCACCACAGACAGGGACUUAACCGGCCCUGGCCUGUCACCGCAGCCGAAGCUCUGGAGAGAGACUGUCCAAGUGGUGGGAAAGCAGGUUAGGGUGGAGGAGGCCCCACGCAGGGUCUUCCGUGAGGUGUGGGCAGCUGCUGUUGCGGGGAGGGCAUGCGAGCUCUCCUUUGGGGAGAUGAGUGUACCGGGUGGCUGCGGGGCCCUCGGGAGGGAGAGGAGAUGGGGUGCCUGCCACAUGGACCCUCUGGCUUCUGGGCCCUGUGGACAUCAGGCCUCUCCAUCAGGUGCCCUGCCAUGCCCUUCAGGCUGUCCUCCCGCAGCACAGCUGGGGACCACCGGAGUCUCUGAGGUCCUGGAGCAAGGAGACCAGACUGGCUCUUCUGAGGUCCCGGAGCGAGAAGACCAGACAGGCUCCUCUGACAUCCCGGAGCAAGGAGAACGGACGGGCUCCUCUGAGGUCCCGGAGCGCGAGGAGACCGGACUGGCUCUUCUUGUUUCUCAUUUGGCCGUUCAGCACAUUGCGGGGACCCCUACUGCCUGUCAGUUACCGUUCUACGGGACAUAGCAGAGAACUAAACAAGAAGCUUAGAUUCUGGCGCAGGCAUGGAACUUCAGAAGGCUCAAAAUGUGCUGGCUGGGUGCUGAGUGUGGCAGGAGCCAGGGGGCACAUGCAAGCCCGCGCAGCCCACCCAGUACCAGGGAAGCAGCAGCAGCAGCCCAAAGAGGGUCCCCCUGUGUUGCCCAGGCUGGUCUUCAACUCCUGGCCUCAAGUGAUCCUUCCGCCUCAGCCUCCCAGAUUGCUGAGAUUACAGGCAUGCGCCACCACAUCCAGCCAGGGCGUUCAUUUUCAAGGAUGGGUGCACUUCCUCGGGCCAGUGACGGCGGGCAUGUGUGAAUUUUGUUUCUCUGUGACUGCUUGUCAGCCGUAGUGAUAGGGCGUGCGGUUCGAUUCAGGGCUUGACUGGCCCUGGGAGCACGAGGCUGAGCUCUCCUUCUCUGGAUUCAUUCAGGGUAGCAAGGACAAUUGUGGGGAACAUCCAGAGGAAAACGUUUAGAUCCACAGACUCUGAGAAGCCCUGUGCGAAGAUGUGGCAGCUCAUGCGGUCUGGAAAUUGUUUGGGAGAACACUUGGGGACCCCUUACCCUGGCGAGGUGCCUGUGAACGUUGCCGCCUGUCUGUGGGAGACGCUGAAGCAGCUUCGGAUGACCACACUUGCUAACCAGCUCCCGAGCCGGGGGCCACUGUGAUGUUCUGAGAGUUUUUAUUGUAUGCUUGUGUCUUGGAAUGGGGUGCCUCGAAUGAGCCUUUUCAGUGACCUGAGGACUUUAUGUGUGAGGUGACCUCUGACCUUGAGAUACCCCAGGUUUCUGGAAGAUGCCUUUCUCCAUCAUCCUGGAUCGGGGCUUUCCCAGCUUCGCCUACACCUGGAAGGCGCGAGUAGCCAGAUGAAGUCUUUCUGGUCUUGCUGGUCAGAGCCAGAAGGGCCAGUGCCCGGUCCAGGAGCCUCUCGCAGGCCUUGGGCUGCCCAUCCUGGCGUGGCCUCUCCUUGGCCCUUUGGACGACGACGCUGCGUUUUCCUCUUGGUCUCGGCCUCCCUGCCCACCAUGAGAGUGGACAUGAGAGUGACCAUCUCCAAGGAGGCAGCUGGGUCUUUUCCACUCCCCAUGGCAGGGAGCCAGCUGUCUUCAUGCCCUCACCCUAGUGAAGUGGCUGAACUGCCAGGAUGGAUCACAGCUCUGCUCUGUGUCUGAUCACAGGACCUACACCUUCCUGCAGAGUCUGCAGGUGGGUGGGAGGAGCCAUUGAACAGACCGGGCGUCCUGGGAGGGACGCGGAAUUCUUCCCUUAAGAGUCUCGUGCUAUCUUGAGCGGCACUCUGUCACUUCCAGGAUGUGUAGACGUCGUGCUGCGUGUAGGACAAGGACCGCAACUCACUAACACGGACCUUACUUUCCAGGAGCAUUGGAUUUGAGCAGCUCUGAGAUGUGUCCUCCUGCAGGGCUGCUGUGCCUGGGGCCCUUUGUCUGGGUCCCUUGCCCUCUGCCUCCCUUCCUGCUGGGUCCUCUUCAUUCCCAUUUCUGCUUCCCCAGGGCCAGGAGGGUGCUGGGCACUCGGUGGCCACCUCAAUGACAGUAUGCACAUUUACCUGAAGGGGCGAAGGGUUAUCUUUAUAUUUCAGGCGAGCCCACACCUUAACCGUGCUCUUCAUCCUCACCUGUACGCUUGGCUAUGUGACGCUGCUGGAGGAAACACCUCAGGACACGGCCUACAACACCAAGAGAGGUAUUGUGGCCAGUAUUUUGGUUUUCUUAUGUUUUGGAGUCACACAAGCUAAAGACGGGCCAUUUUCCAGACCUCAUCCAGCUUACUGGAGGUUUUGGCUCUGCGUGAGUGUGGUCUACGAGCUGUUUCUCAUCUUUAUACUCUUCCAGACUGUCCAAGAUGGCCGGCAGUUUCUAAAGUAUGUUGACCCCAAGCUGGGAGUCCCACUGCCAGAGAGAGACUACGGGGGAAACUGCCUCAUCUACGACCCAGACAAUGAGACUGACCCCUUUCACAACAUCUGGGACAAGUUGGAUGGCUUUGUUCCCGCGCACUUUCUUGGCUGGUACCUGAAGACCCUGAUGAUCCGAGACUGGUGGAUGUGUAUGAUCAUCAGCGUGAUGUUCGAGUUCCUGGAGUACAGCCUGGAGCACCAGCUGCCCAACUUCAGCGAGUGCUGGUGGGAUCACUGGAUCAUGGACGUGCUCGUCUGCAACGGGCUGGGCAUCUACUGCGGCAUGAAGACCCUCGAGUGGCUGUCCCUGAAGACGUACAAGUGGCAGGGCCUCUGGAACAUUCCGACCUACAAGGGCAAGAUGAAGAGGAUCGCCUUCCAGUUCACGCCGUACAGCUGGGUUCGCUUCGAGUGGAAGCCAGCCUCCAGCCUGCGUCGCUGGCUGGCCGUGUGCGGCAUCAUCCUGGUGUUCCUGUUGGCAGAACUGAACACGUUCUACCUGAAGUUUGUGCUGUGGAUGCCCCCGGAGCACUACCUGGUCCUCCUGCGGCUCGUCUUCUUCGUGAACGUGGGUGGCGUGGCCAUGCGCGAGAUCUACGACUUCAUGGAUGACCCGAAGCCCCACAAGAAGCUGGGCCCGCAGGCCUGGCUGGUGGCGGCCAUCACGGCCACGGAGCUGCUCAUCGUGGUGAAGUACGACCCCCACACGCUCACCCUGUCCCUGCCCUUCUACAUCUCCCAGUGCUGGACCCUCGGCUCCGUCCUGGUGCUCACCUGGACCGUCUGGCGCUUCUUCCUGCGGGACAUCACAUUGAGGUACAAGGAGACCCGGUGGCAGAAGCGGCAGAACAAGGAUGACCAGGGCAGCGCUGUCGGCAAUGGGGACCAGCACCCACUGGGGCUGGACGAAGACCUGCUGGGGCCUGGGGUGGCCGAGGGCGAGGGGGCACCAACUCCAAACUGACCUGGGCCAUGGCUGCCUCGUGAGCCUCCCAGAGCCCAGGCCUCCGUGGCUUCCUCCCGUGUGAGUCCCACCAGGAGCCACGUGCCCGGCCUUGCCCUCAAGGUUUUUUGCUUUUCUCCCGUGCACCUGGCGAGGCUGAAGGCGAGGGGUGGAGGAGGCCCCAGCACAGCCUCAUCUCCAUGUGUACACGUGUGUACGUGUGUACGCAUGUGUGUACGCGUGUGUACGUGCGUGUGUACACAUGCGUGGCUGCCUGUGAUGUGCACGUGUGCUCUGGGCUCCGAGGCUUCUCCAGAGCCGGGAGCUGGCUGGCGUGGCAAGGGCAUGCUCUGGGGCAGUGUGUCCCUCAGGAACCAGGGUCCUCCCUCCCCUUUCUGCCUGGUCAGCCCCGCGGCCUCUGGCCCACCAAGCUCCCUGUCACCCAGCCAUGGUGUGGUCCAGGCAGGGACAUCUCGGUACCCUUUCUGCACUCCGUGGGCCCUGGGUGCGCUGAGGCCUGGAGGCGUCUACACUGGCUCCGCAUCCACUUCCCCACAGCUCGUGUGGGGCGCUCGUCCACAAACACUCCAUGGCUGAGAGGCAGCAGAUCCAGGCGGCGAUGUGAGCCACCUCCUCCGAGCCUUCCUUUCACACAGACCACCCCGGAGGACACGUGGAUGAUGGGGUCAGAGAUCACUGAGCUGCCCCUCAAGGGUGCCUGGAACCCGGGUGCUGGGGUCAUGCUGCCUCCGUGGCUCCGAGGUGAGGGUCAUCUUCACGAGCAAAGAGAACCAAUAAAGUGACAACGAACGUCUGAGGCUUCCAGCCCUCCCCCCA